AUGGCGUCAUCGCUGGACGUCCUGCAGAUCCUGCAAGACCGAAAGCCUUUCGCGAAGCGCCGUGGGCCUCCGGCCAGUCUGCCGAAGGAGGAGUCCGCGCUGAAGAAGGAAGCCGAGGCGUUCCAGUACCGGCUUGACCCCACCUAUGGCUUCGUCGUCCUUGUGGGGGAUCAUCAUACCAUCGCCAGGGGGAGCUUCAGGUCCUACCAAAUCCUCCACGACAGGGACGUCCGGAUCGCCAACCAGCACAGCCGCGGCGGCCAGUCCCAGAACCGCUUCGCCCGCCUCACCGAGCAGAGCCGCGUGCAGCAUCUGAACCUCGUGGUGGACCGCAUGGCCGCGGCCUUGUUCGAUGGCGAGGGGCGCUGCACGGUCGAGAAGGUCGUGGUGGCCGGUCCCGGGCCCAUGAAGCAUCAGCUGCUCGACCACCUGCCCGAGAGGUGGGCAGAGGCCGUGGACCAGCGCCCCCUGACCGUGGACCACGUGGGCGCCCUCGGGAUGCACGAGCUGGCUGUGCUCUUGGAGGCGAGAUGCGCUACCCUCCCGAAGGCCGAGAUGCAGAGGGCGAGGCAGAGGGCGCGCAAGGAGGACCGGAAGGACAAGAAGGGGCAGUAG